AUGGGAGUUUGUAAGAGGCAUUGCGGAAAAUUUGGGUUUGGUUAUGUGUCAUCCACUGACGACUACAAACUAGUUUUAGUAUUCCCUGAUAAAUACUCUGAUGCAGCAGUAGGAUAUGUGGAUGUGGAUGUCAACAUCUUCAUCUUCUCAAUGAGAGCUAACUCUUGGAGCACUCGUAAAGCCUCUCAUUGGUCGUUCUCCAAUUUUGGCUGGAGGAUUGAACACUGCGGGGUUUUUUUGAAUGAAGCAAUCCAUUGGAUUAACUCCUCUAAUUAUGAUGUAGAUGGGGGUUUGAUUGAAGUAUGCUGUAUCAAUGCUUUUGAUUUGGUAAGUGAAGAGUUACGGCAAAUGCCUAUUCCUGGUUUUGACCAAGUUGAUGAGGAAAACUUCCAUUUUGUUGGUAAAUGGAUGCAGAUGGUGGUUCACUUAGGAGGAUGCCUCUGCCUCUUGUCCCACUCUAGUCAGUUAUAUGAGGAAAGUGAUGCUAUUGGAUUAUGGAUAAAAGUCUUUGAAUUUAGUGAGGAUUUCUCUACAACAUUUCUCUACAACAUUUCUUUGGUUCGCGGCCUUUACGCAUCAGCUGGAGAGACGAUAUGUGUUUCGUUACAGAAAAUGAUGCCAUUGUCAUCAAACAGUUUGAAAAGGAGCUAG